UUUUGAAAAAAUGGCUACCGGAAAGAAACUUACGGGUUGUUUCCCAAUGCUUUUCAUUGUUUUAUCGACUACUGUUAGUGUUAUAACAGCUACAACACCAAUUCAGAAUUGCUGGCAUGGAGAGGAUGAACUGAAAAACAUGACCUGCCAUAAUGGUGCUGUCUCUGAUGGUAACAUGUUGGCUGCUAGGCUAAAUCCUUCAAUGAACGGCAGUAGCACUGGUGGUGGUAGUCAAGUAGAUGGUGGAGACUAUUACUGCAUGAUUUUUCAGUACAAUGAAACUAUAAAAGAUAGCCAGGAUACGGUAGCUAUCUUGCAUACAAAUUAUACCUGUGAUAUGGACAAAAUCUGUGAAGGCAAGGACAUGUAUAGCCCAAUAACGUUCUCUUACAAAGACCACAUGGGCAUGUUGUAUUGCUGUGAAUCUAGAGACAAUUGUAACACCCAUGGCUUGAUGACGACUAAACGACACCAGAAAUACUGCUACACUGGAGACUCAGACACGCAAGAUGUGGAAAUACACCUAUGCCCAAAGCAGAAUGACUCCUGCAUGAAAGUGGCCAAGACCCAGGGCUCAAGUUCCACAGAGCACUAUGGAUGUGAUGUGACAGGGGCCUGUAGUAAACUAGGAUUCACUGGGGAAGAGAGCUGCAAAACAGACACAGAGGGUGAUAUGGAGACUCAGACCUGUUGUUGCUCAGCUAGUAACUGUUUUAAACCAUCGUGGGCGAACCAUCCAAGGCUGGACAAAGCACAGAGCAAGCAUUCAAGUAGUCAGCUUCAGAAGACUCUCCUUAUAAUUAUAGGAGUAGCGCUUGGGGUGCUAUUAAUGGGUGUGGCAGUGUUUUUCUACAAGAGAUCUCGAAACAUUUCUGACAAGAGCGAGAGUCCAGCCCAGAUGAAGUAUGAGAGCACAAUGUAUUCCACAGUGGCGGAAACUGAGGAUGAUAGAGUUCAGAUUCUCCAAUCUAGUUGUCGACCAAUCUAACAGUGCCGGAGACUGACUAUAAUAGAGUUCAGAUUCUACAAUCUAAUACUCGACCAGUCUGAUAUACAGGAUUUUUGUUAAAGUGCCUUGUUAUGUAGAUUUUUUUGUAAGGUGUUAAUUAAUGUUUUUGUUAUUUCAUUUAUUGAAGUUUAAUUGUUCUGUUUUAACCCAGUGAAUUUUCGGUUUAUGUUAGUGAUGCUGUGAUAAAAAAUCAUAUAUUUUAGUCUGAAAUAUCAAAACUCAUUUGUCACACAUAUUGUUUUAUUAUAAUGGUGUGUGACCAUAAAUGGUGUUUGAUCAUAAAUGGUGUUUGACCAUAAAUGGUGUUUGACCAUAAAUGGUGACCAUAAAUGGUGUUUGACCAUAAAUGGUGUUUGACCAUAAAUGGUGUUUGACCAUACUUAUCAUGUCUUAGGAAGAACUUUACAAGUGCUUUGUAGUUAGGAACAAUAUUAUGUACAUUACCUGAGCAGGGCCGAAAUUCAUAAAGCAUCUUAAGUCAUUUCUUCACCUAAGUCAUCAAAUAACUUAAGUCUUUUUUUUCUCAUUUUUAUGCCCCCUUUUGAAAAAAGUGGGGUAUAUUGUUUUGCACAUGUCGGUCGGUCGGUCGGUCGGUCUGUCUGUCUGUCGGUCGGUCGGAAUACCAAAUGGUUUCCGAUCAAUAACUUGAGAACGCUUUGACCGAGGGACCUCAUACUUGGUAUGUGUAUUGGUCAUCACCAGCAGAUGAACCCUAUUGAUUUUUUUAAUUACUUUUAACCUAAAAGUGUUCUUUAAAUAAAGUUAAGAUUACAGCGUUCGAAAUUGAUUUUAUCAUUUGACCAGUAAUAUACUUGAAUUAAAAAAAAAUGACUAUUAAAACCAGGAUGAUCAUUCUAAGGUCAACUAUUCAAAGAUAAUGGAGGCUUUACUACUUGCCCUGGUGUCUGUGUUAGAUUUGGCAUCUGCGUUAGCUUCCGGUUUAAGUUUUAGGGCAAGUUGGUAUUUUCACUUAUAACUCCAAUACCCUACAUUCAAUUCAUUAAAUAAUUCACACACUUGUUUAGAACCAGCACACAAUGAGGUUACAUAACUCAAUAUUAUCCUAAAUACAAAUUAUGGCCCUUGAUCAACUUAAAAAGUUUGGUUAAAGUUUUUGAGCAAUAUUUUGGAUUUAACUCAGAUCUCAAAUACUGUUCAUUCAAUGGCCUUCAUACUUUACACAGAAGCCUUCUCACAAAUCAGGUUACAUAACUCCAUAUAAGACCUAAAUACAAACUUUGGCCCUAGAUUGACUUUUUUAUUGCCUUUACAGGCACAUUUUUAAUAUUUUUAACAAGGUUUUCAUAAAGUGAAAGCUGGUUAUUAGAAUGACAUACUUCGUUUUUCGGGUGGGCCUGUGUGAGGUCAGCGUCAAACUCACCUAUCGUAUCAAAUAACUUAAGUUAGGUUUGACAUAAAGUGACCAAACUUGGUAUAUAGGAAGAGUUGAUGUAGACCUUUUAUGGGGCUGCGUUUGGAGCCUUAGGGUCAAGGUCAAGUCACUGUUACUAAACAAAGAUAACUGUUUGGUACUGAAUAUCUUUAGUUAGGGUUGACAUAUUGUGACCAAACUAACUUGAUAUGUUGGACGAGUGUAUGGAGGGCAUCAGCUUGCAUUUGGGGCUCCUAGGGUCAAGGUUAAGGCCACUGUUACUUUAAACAAAAUAAACAGUUGAGACUGAAUCUCAUAGGGCUGUUAAGGCUGAAGUUCUUAUUCUGUCAAUCAUUAAAAAACCAGAUUGUGUUUCUUGUUUUCUUUUUUAGUUGACUUUUGCUUUUGACAUUUGCAUUAUCAUAUUUAUUUCUGAGACAAAGUGGCGUAUAGUCGAGAGCACUGUCCUACGACAGCUCUAUUUCAUAAACACAGUGCAGUUUAAUUACUUCAUUGUAUAUAUUCAUCUGCUUAGUGCAAUUGACACUCAAUCGACAGAUAUAUAAUCAUGUCUCUUAUGGUGAAUCUCAUCAAGUUUCAUUCUGUGUAUUUUCUUGGUUGUUUGUUUACUAAGUUUACUUAACUGAACGAUGGUAUAAUUAUGAAAUGUAUUGAGUGUGAUCUUUCAUGAUGUAAAAACUGUUUAAGAUUAAAAUGUUGGUUUUAUGAUUGUCUAAAUCCGUGUGACUUUAAUCAACCUGUUUUUCAAAUUUAUUUGCUCAAUAGGCAUUGAAAAAUUAUCUGACUCAAAUUUCUCGAAAUAUUUCAAGUGUAACAAGUUCCAUUUAGCCAAAUUACUUACAGUGACUUGAUCUCAUAAACGCCAAACAUGGUUUAUCAUAUGAAUACCUUUAAAAUAAUUUCCUUUAAAACUCUCAAAACUCUUUUAAAAAAUAAUGUUACACAUUUUAUACACAUAUAAGAUAGUGUGCUUGGCUUGGCUUGUUAUAAGAGACUUAAGGUUUUUUAAGAAAUUGGAGUCAGAUAUGUACUUCUUAUUAUUCUUAUUAUUGAUUUUUAUACUUUAUUUUAUGCAUAUGGAUAUAAAGCCUUAUACAGUGCUGAAAUAUCCAGCCCAAAUUUCUUAAACAAUUCCAAGUUUAAGCUCAAGCUCAGCAAACUAUAUGUUUUGGUUCGAAAUGUAUAAUGUAAAUUAUAUUAAAUCAAUUAAUUUAGCUAAAUGAAGUAUUAAAGAAACUUAAGCAAAGCAUACUUUCGAUUUUUUGAGAAAUUGGGGCCAGUUUUUCAAUACAUGAUUUAUAGAAAAAAUGCAAUGGUUGUUAUUAUACUAUUUUAUAACUGUAGUUUUACGUUAUAACCGACACUUAAAUGAUUUACAACUUAUUUUAUGCAUAAUGUAACAUAUGGUUGUUUUAACAGUUUUAUAUCAGACUUAUAAUGCAAUAUACAAUAUCUGAUGUUUAAUGUUAAGGUGCCAUUUCAGAAAGUCCAUCAAAGUAAAGUGGAAGGAUAAACUGUACUAGAGGUAUACAGUAUGCAAUGUUCUGAUUAAGUACAAAAUCUACAUUCUUGUUCAACUUUUCUGGUGAAUACCUUUAUAGUGUUGCAUUUUCAAGAACAUUACAUUACAAUUUAUUGAAAUAUAGUGUUGUAGCAUAAAUCCCAAUACCCACUAAUUGUGAAAGAUGCACUCUUACUCCCAAAUAAGAUUUACCACAAUUAAUAUUAUUGUUGUAAUAUUCCAAAAAGGAUGAAUAAAUGUCGAAAACAAUGGUUCUUAUGAAGGAUACCAAGUUUAAUUUGAAAGAAAUGAGCAUAAAACACGGUAUUUCUACAAUUUGAGAUCAUCAUCAUAGUAAACCACAGUAAAUAUUUUAGCAUUCACCAAUCAUUUAAUAUUUUUUGCGCUUUCUGCUAUUACAUACAUGGUUACAAUCUUGUUAUCAGUAAUUAAUAUUUUGCAUAAGUGCAUUAUUUAGUAAGUAGUUAAAGGUAAAUCAGUCAAAAUUUAUUUUUGUUAUACAUGAGUAUGUAUUGAUUUUGAAUAAGAGUGUCACUUUAAGUGAUGAUUUUACACACCAACAUUUUAAGUAUUUCUAUCAGGUUUUAGAUGGCUUCUAUAGUUAACUCAGGAUUGUGAGCUUUUAACUUCAGACUAUUGUACAGUACCUGGUAACUAUGGUAAAGAUUGUAAUUUCCUCUCUGACAUUUGCAUUAAAAAUGGUAUGAAUAUGAAUGAGUUGGAAGUAAUUUCAAGCAGUAUCUAAGCCUCUUGACCAUGCUUAGAGCAUGUAUCCCUCGUACUCAAACAUGUUCUUGCCCAUCUUUCAGGAUUGACAGUUAUCAUCUGUUUAAAGCCCUGGUUAAAGUAAAAUGUCCUGUAUUUUAUGAUCAUGUCUGUGGUUUGGAGAAAAAAUGAUGGAAAUGUUGCCAUAGCUUUGGUGUCAACAUUAUUGUCAUGGCUUUAAGUGUUGUGCAAAGAUAUUAAAAUGCAACUUGGUACACAUGAUGUUGGGGUUGUCCUGCUGUAUCACUUAAUAUGCUGGCGCUAAUUUCUCGAAACUUCUUAAGUCCCUUAUAGCAGGAUUAAGCUAAACUCACUAUUUUUGUUUUUCAAUAUUUUGUGUUAUAUUUAUUUCUUCAAGAGUUUUUAUUCUCUAGAUAGGAACUGUCUUUAUGAUAAUCACAAUAAACCAUUUUUUAUUUGUCAAAAUUCAAUUGAAGUGUAUUUUGGCUAAUUGAAAUAAGCUACUUAAGCUUGUUAAGCUUAAGAAGUUUUGAGAAAUUGGGGCCAGAUCAUAACCUAUACAUAAUGGAAAUGUGAAUACCAUUUACCCUUUUGAAAUGUUUGUUGAGGUAUGUUUGACUGAGAUUGUGUGUCCACCCACUUGCAGUACUGUUGUUUAGUCCUGACAUGUAUUUUGAUAGUUUAUGUUUGUUAUCCCUUCUUGUGUUUUAUAAUGCUUAUAGGAUAUGGUUUUAGUGGACCAAUUGUUUUGCCUCACAGUUUACACGUUUGUAAUCAAAUUCACAUAAUACUGCACAUGAAUUAGGGUUUGAUUGACAAUUUUCUGAAAACUUGAAUACAGACUUUCAUAUUUAUUUUCAUGUCACCAACAAAUUUCAUGACAUAGCAAAGAAACAACACAAUCUCCUUUUUAUACGCCUGGUCAUAGGAGGGGACUUAUUCUAGUUUUACCUGGGGCAUACGGGCAGGCAUGGGGAAUUACCAAAAAUCGGACUUGUCUGAUGAAUUAUUUUAGAAGCCUGCGUCAUCUCAUUACCAAAUUUGGUCAGAAUGUGUAAUGGGAAGAAAAGCAAGGUCAGGUACGACAACCAGCCUUUCGCCUUGUUCACUUUAGAGUUAUGACCCUUGAGUUGGCAGAAAUUGAUUCUAGAUUUGUCUUAAUGUAUAACCACUUGUCACCAAACUUGGUGUCCUAAAAUUAGGAUGAGGGUAUUUUGUGACAGUUGGUGAUCUUUUGAUUAUGGCUUGAUAAUGUUAUACUUUUACAGGAUGUUAAUUCUAAACUAUGUCUGACUAUUUAUUCCAUAUUUAUAAGUCUAGAAAUGACCACUUGUGACGAUCAUGUGUAUUUUUUUCACCUAUUCUGAAAGUAGGUAAGCCAUGAACCAAGUGCAUUCAUUUAAAACAUUCAAAAUAAACAUUUCCAGUUCCUAUUUUGUCCAAUAACAUGCCUUAACAAUAUUCAUAUAUAAUAUUGCAAAGUAUAAAACUGACAUGUUUUAGGGAAAUAAAUGUUAAUCUCAAUAUUAUAAACAAAAAUAUUUGGAAAGAAAUCAGUAUUUUAAAAUUAGUUGUGUUCAUUUAAUAUCUGGUAUUUCUGCUUUGUUAAACAAUCGUGAGACAAUUACCAUGUUAUUUUGUAUGUUUGCAUUCUGCAUAGGUUAAUUAUGUUGUCCCUUGUCCAGUCACGGCAUACACCAAUGUAUCAGUGAGUAUUCUUUAAGAUCUGCAUUGAAAUAUACAUGAUUUCUUUUCAAUGCACCUCGGUAGUUUGAAACUAUAGAAUUAUGUAGAUAACACUAACAUUAACAGCUUGCACAGUCACAUUGUUACUUUAUACAAUGGGAGUUGGUAUCUAACUAAACAUUUUAUCUUGCCAGGAGAUCCUAUAUGCUGUACAAUGCAGUUUGCUCAUUUAUUAUCCACCUAUAUACGCUGUAUAUAUCCAUGUUAUUAAAGUGUUUGUUUUAUUAACGUCAUGUGCAUACAUGUAAAAACGC